AGACAGAAUUGGAUAAUGAUUUACGUGAAGUACGACAAGCUUUGGAUUUAUUUUUGAACUCGAGAAUAAAUGAAGCUGAAAAUUUGCUCUCCGUCAAGAGUAAAACGUCAUUAUAUCAUUCGUUAGGAUACUCUUUUCUAAUCUUUUUAAAGUCACUAAUGACCUAUGAACCGACGGAUAUUGAGAAAGCUAUUUCAGCACUAAAGGUUACCGUGCAAAUAGCAUCAUCUUUACGUAAACGAGAUACAAUAAUUGGAUCUAUCUCGAAUUUUGUAAGAGGAGGAACCGCUGGCGUCAGUUCACUGAAAUCGAUGGGUCGAAUUCAACAGCAUGCAGAAUUAGUCUAUGCUGAGGCUUAUUUACUAAAAGCAACCCUUUGUAUAAUUCACGAUAAUGCAUUUGUAUCGUUUAUAAGAGAGGGCAUUAAUAUUAGGAAUAGUUAUAUGAUAUAUCGUAAUUUAGCAAAUUUUUUGGAGUGUGUACAAAAAGGUGAAAAAGAUACGAAGAACUUUGAAAUGGAUAAUCAUUUCACCUCGGGGGUGUUAUUGGGUAUCGGGAUGUUUAAUCUAAUGCUCUCGUUAUUACCACCGCGAAUAUUGAAAAUUAUUGAAUUUGUUGGAUUCACAAGUGAUCGUAGCUUAGCUUUAAGAACAUUGGAAUCGUGUGGUAAAUGGAGACAUGAUUUUCCUAAUUCUAGCAGUAGUAAUGGGAAUGGUCACGAUAAUAAUCAUAAUAGCUCAGAGAUAGAUAUUGAGGAAGAAGGAAUACGUCGACAAUUUUGCGAUUUAGCAUUACUUGCAUAUCACCUGGUAAUCAGUAACCUUGUGCCGGUUGUAGAUACUGAUAUCUCGUUUGCAUCAAAAAUUCUCGACUACAAUCUACAGCGGUAUCCGAAUGGCGUGUUGUUCCUUUAUUUCUCUGGACGUCUAAAUCAAACUGAAUGUUAUAUUGAUAAAGCGAUCGUGCAGUAUAAAAAGGCCAUUGAGAUUCAGAGACAGUGGAAACAACUGCAUCAUAUGUGUUAUUGGGAGAUGGCGUUGAAUUAUCAGUGUUUGAUGAAUUUUGAACGUGCCUAUGAAUGUUUCGAGACAUUAUGCGAAGAGUCGAUGUGGAGUAAAUGUGUUUACUUAUACCAGCAGGCUGUUUGUUUGUAUACUUUGGGGAGACCUGAAGAUAUGGAUCGUGUGAUUCAAAUGAUGAAAAAAGUACCCGAAUUGACCCAGCGUAUAGCAGGUAAAUCGAUUCCUUUGGAGAAAUUUGUUGUGCGUAAAGCUCGCAAAUUUUUCGCCCAAGAAUAUCGUCUUCUUUUACCUGCUUGCGAAUUGAAAUAUUUGUGGAAUACAUAUGAUAUCAUGCCCUUAGCACAGCUUACAAAAUCCCUAUCAAACAUUGAGAGUACAAUCGACGACCUGGACGGAACCAAAGAAGAAGACUAUUACGAUAAUUUCUGGGAUGAUGUCUGUCUAACGUAUUUACUCCAUGGCGUGAUUACUGCACAAAUCGCUUUCCCAAAUAAUGUCAGUCAUGAGAAUGAGGAGAGAUUAAAACACAGCAAAGAUAACCUCGCAUCAACCUGUACAACUGCAAUAGCAUCUCUCCAAUACGUCGUCAAGAACGGCGCAAAGAUACAUUUAGACCACUACUUGAUACACUAUGCGCGCUACGAACUUGGCCGCCUGUACAUAAACAUGCGAGAAUUCAGCAAGGCAAAAGCAGAAUUUAAGAAAGUGCUGGAUGGUGAAGAUAAAAAAGUUGGAAAAUAUUCGUUGGAAAACAUGUUGUUGUUACGGACUUAUAAUGCUAUGGUGAAACUGAAUCUUUUGCAACGAGAUGUAAAAUAUAAGCAACAUGGAAACACGUAG